UUGUGUGUGAGAGAAUUCCCUUAAUUCCUUCAUUUUGUCAAUCUAGUUCUUCUAAUUUAUUCAAAGGGUUAAGAAAAUGGCUGAAAUUCUUGUUAGUAUUCUAUGUGAAAUCUUAAUUGGAAAACUAGCAUUAAUAGCUUCCGAUGAGAUUUAUCCUGUUUGGGGUAUCAGACAUGAGAUGGAAAAGCUCCGGGGGACGCUGACAAAUAUUCAAGCUGUAUUACAUGAUGCAGAGAAGCAGCAAGUUGAAAAAGAGACAGUCAAGUUCUGGCUUAAAAAACUCAAGGAUGCCGUCUAUGACGCUGAAGACAUAUUGGAUGAAUUUGGGUAUGAAGUUAUGAAGCGCAAAAUUGGUAACAAAAACAGGAUAAAGAACUUCUUCUUGCCGGUGAACACUUUAACAUUUCGUGUCAAGAUGGGGCGUAAAAUUAAAAAUCUUAACCAAAUGUUGGAUCAAGUUUCAAGGGAAAAAGAGAUGUUCCAUUUUGAAUUUAGUACAUCCAGUACUGCCCCAAGUAAUGUUAAUCGUCCCAGCAGAAACAGAGAAACGUACUCUCUUGUUGACGAUUCGAUACUUAUUGGAAGGGAAGAUGACAAAUCAAAGAUAAUAGACAUAUUAAUGAAUAGCUCUAGCAAUCAGCAGAAUUAUCCUAUUGUUGUCAUAGUUGCCAUGGGAGGAGUUGGGAAAACUACACUAGCUCAGAUCGUUUACAGCGACGAUGCUGUAACACGUCACUUUGAAUAUAAGUUGUGGGUGUGUGUUUCCCAAAGUGCUAAUCAGAAGGAGGUGUUCAAUUGGUUGUUGGAAUCCAUCAAUCAAAAGAAGGAUGAUUUUUCAAGCUUGGAUGUCUUGGUGAAUAGCCUCAAAAAGAACCUGCAGAAUAAGAGAUAUUUGAUAGUUCUCGAUGAUAUGUGGAAUGAUAAGCACAAUGAAUGGGACAGUAUGCUGAAGACUUUGUUGCUUAUUGGCGCUCAAGGAAGCAAAGUGAUCGUGACAACAAGAAGUAAUGAAGUUGCUUCCACGACGAGUUCUUUAUAUAGGUACAAAUUGGGCAAUUUGUCUGACAAAGAAUGUUGGACUCUGUUUAAGAAAAUGGUUUUUGUGGCGGGAGGAAUAAAGAAAACACCAAACUUGAUCAAGAUUGGUAAGCAAAUUGUCUCAAAGUGUGGAGGAGUGCCACUAGCAACGAGGAUUCUUGGUGGUUUGAUGCACUCUAAGAGUGAUGAGAAAUACUGGCAAGCAAUUUUAGACAAUGAGAUUUGGGAGCAUGUCAAAGGCGAAGAACAGGUUAUAAGGGUAUUGAAGCUGAGCUAUGAUCAUCUUGCACCACAUUUAAAACAAUGCUUUGCAUAUUGUUCACUAAUUCCAAAAGGUGUUGUUAUUAGUAGAAAAAGACUAAUUCAACUGUGGAUGGCGGAAGGCUUCCUUAAUUCUUCUAGACCAAGAACAGAAAUGGAGAAGGUGGGUAAUGAGUAUUUCAAUAGCUUAUUGGAAAAUUCAUUCUUCCAAGAUGAGCAAGAACACGAAUUAGGAGAUAUAAAGUCAUGUAAGAUGCAUGAUCUUGUACAUGAUCUUGCACAAUCUGUUGCUAGGAAUGAAUGUGCAAUAAAAGAUGUUAACAAGACGCUACAAGAGGGAAAUUAUGGAAUUCGUCGAAUAGUUUUGUUUGAUGAGAACGAGGUCUCAUCAUUCCCUAAGGUAUCGUCUAAGGUAAGAAAACUGCGGACGUUCAUUUGCACUACACCGAAACUCAUUGAUAAUACAUAUGCUAUGCAGAUUUUAAUGAAUUUCAGUAAUGUACGUGUGCUGUCCUUGAGCUACAGCGCAAUCAGUGAGUUACCACCAUCCAUUGCCAAGUUAAAACACUUACGGUACCUCAAUCUUUCAAACUCUCAAAUAUCAAAAUUACCCAAUUCGUUUACUACUCUCUACAAUUUGCAAACUUUGAUUCUUAAAAAUUGUUUCGAGCUUAGAGAGCUUCCUCGUGGCAUGAGAAAGCUAACCAAUUUAAGAAAUCUUAUAAUCUGCAAAAUUGGGAAUGGUGAAUGGAACCCUCCUAUGCCAUGUAAGGUAAGAACUUUAAGCUCCCUGCAGUAUUUACCUGUAUUUAUUGUGGGAAAUAAGAACAAUGGAUAUGGUAUUGAAGAGUUAAGGGACCUAAAUCUACUUGGUGGUAAACUACAACUUCGUAAUCUUGAGAAUGUAACUGGUAGAAAAGAAGCUGAAGGAGGAAAAUUAAAAUGUAAACAACACAUUCUAAGGUUGGAACUACAUUGGACUGAUAACAAAAGUUUUAGCACAGUUACUCGUGAUGAAUCUGAAGUGUUCGAAGGCCUCCAACCUCACCAGAACCUCAAAAGGUUAGGAAUCUACAACUAUGCAGGUUCAAAGUUCCCCAGAUGGAUGAUGAGUCCAGAUAAUUUGCUUCCCAACUUGGUCUUCAUUACACUAGAAAAUUGCAGCAAAUGUGAAAGUCUUCCCCCUCUUGGGUUACUUCGAUUUCUUAAGGUUCUCAUAAUACAAGGACUUGACGCCGUGAAAAGUAUUGGAAGUGAAUUCUAUGGUAGUAACAGCAGCAACGUACCGUCUUUUCCUUCUCUGGAAGAUCUCUCUAUAUUUCGUAUGGUGAGCUUAGUAGAAUGGUCACAUCCUGUUUUGUCAAUUUCUUCAAGCUUUCCUUGCGUUCGGCAGUUGAAGGUCAAGGUUUGCCGCAAGUUAAUGAUCAUGCCAACCCGAUUUCCAUCUCUCAAAGUAUUGGAGUUUGAAGAUUGCAAUGGAGAAAUAGCAAGUUCAUUGCUAGAAUGCAAUGUAACAUCUCUCGCCUAUGUUAAAAUUGAUUCGUGCAAGGAGCUUGCAUUUCUUCCGCGGGAAUUGCUUACUGGAAAUAAACUCCUCCAGAAUUUUCAGGUAUAUAACUGUGAAAAGCUUCAAGGCAUUAAUCCAUACCAAGAUGCUUGGGACGAGGAGGAAGAGGAGGAACAACUUCAGUUACAUUCAAGCAUUUCCUUGAACACUUUGAUAUUUUACAAUUGCCCUGCUUUAUUCUCUUGGCCAGAUUUACGGGGAUUCAUUUCUCUUCGGAUGUUAUUUAUCUAUGGCUGCAAAAGUCAGCAGUGUAUCCCAAGUGGUAUAGAAUACCUCCCCAAACUUGAACGUCUGGUGAUGGGCGGGUUUUCAAAAAAGAUGGACUUGUUUCCAUUCCCCACAGCAGAAGGAACUUUGAAGAGCCUUUACUUCCCAUCACUUCGCAACUUAGAAAUAUACGGAUGGCCUAAACUCAGAUGUCUGCCAGAUCAAGUUCAAUACCUCACUUCCUUACAAACUCUUUGGAUACUAGGUUUUGAAUCACUAAUUGCAAUGCCUGAGUGGCUGGGUAACUUGACUUCUCUUAGGGAGUUGAAGAUACACUGGUGUGGCAAUCUCAAGUAUAUGCCUUAUCGGGAGCAGAUGUUACGUCUCACCUCACUACAACACCUGCACCUUGUUGAUUGCCAUCUCCUGGUGGAUAGAUGUAAAGAAGGAGGAGAAGAGUACAACAAAACAUCCCACAUUCCUAAAUUCACUUACAACAAUGAAGGGCUAGCGGAAGAAGUAAAAGAAUCAAAAGUUCAGGUUAAACUGUAAACUGAUGUUAAUUGUAUUUUUUAUCUUAGUACAGUUGAUGAUUGAUGAUGCCUUUCUUCCUUGCAACCAUUGUGCUCAGCACAACUUGUCAUAAAGCUCUUUGACAUCACAGAGAGUCGAGUGUAGCAAAGAUUUAGCGUCACUUGCUCUGUAUUGAUUUCUAUUUGUAUGCCUGGGGUGGUGGUGUUUCUCAAAGGCUUGUUUUUGUUGCUUUAAAACUAUAAAAUUUCUUGUGAAACUGCAACUAUUCCUCAUCAAUGCAUAUUAGACUUGUUGUU